AUGGCCGAACGCUACAUCCCUGAGCAUCGUCGGACUCAAUUCAAGGCGAAGAACACCUUCAAGCCUGAAGAGCUGAGACGCCGUCGUGAAGAGCAACAAGUCGAGAUCCGCAAGGCCAAGCGUGAAGAAAACCUAGCAAAGCGACGAGGUAUCACCGGCGGAGAUGGAUCUCGUCCGGGGGCGUCUCUCGGCGCAGAGCCAGACAGUGACGAUGAUACCGCCCCAACAGAGAGUCAGCUGAACGAAGAUCUCCCUCAAAUGGUUGCGGGCGUCUUCUCUGAUCAGAUCGAUCUCCAAAUUCAAGCCACUACAAAAUUCCGAAAACUCCUGUCGAAAGAGCGAAAUCCACCCAUCGAAGAGGUUAUCAAGACCGGAGUUGUUGGUCGAUUUGUCGAAUUCCUCCACUCGCCCCACACGUUGGUACAAUUUGAAGCUGCCUGGGCUCUUACCAACAUUGCUUCUGGAUCUGCGCAACAAACACAGGUCGUUAUUGAGGCUGGAGCCGUUCCUAUAUUCGUUGAGCUGCUUGGUAGUCACGAGCCCGAUGUUAGAGAGCAGGCUGUUUGGGCCCUGGGAAACAUUGCUGGUGAUAGCCCAUCAUGCCGGGAUUACGUUUUGAGUUGUGGUGCUCUGAAGCCACUCCUGAACCUGUUGGGUGACAGCCGAAAGUUGAGCAUGCUCCGCAAUGCAACCUGGACCCUCAGCAAUUUCUGCCGUGGCAAGACUCCCCAGCCCGAUUGGAACACCAUUUUGCCCGCUCUCCCAGUCUUGGCUAAGCUUGUCUACUCCUUGGACGAUGAAGUUUUGAUAGAUGCUUGCUGGGCUAUUUCAUAUUUGUCUGACGGUGCCAACGACAAGAUCCAGGCUGUCAUUGAAGCUGGCAUUCCUCGUCGUCUCGUCGAGCUGCUCAUGCACGCUUCAACAUCUGUUCAGACUCCUGCUCUUCGGUCCGUGGGCAACAUUGUUACUGGUGAUGAUAUCCAGACCCAGGUGAUCAUCAACUGUGGUGCACUCCCAGCUCUCUUGUCUCUCUUGAGCUCCGGAAAGGAUGGAAUUCGCAAGGAGGCUUGCUGGACCAUCUCCAACAUCACUGCUGGAAACUCCACCCAAAUCCAAGCUGUUAUCGACGCAAACAUUAUUCCGCCGCUUAUCCACCUCCUGUCCAAUGGCGACUUGAAGACUCGCAAGGAAGCAUGCUGGGCCAUCUCAAACGCUACCUCUGGUGGACUCCAGAAGCCCGAGCAAAUCAGAUACCUGGUCAACCAGGGCUGCAUCAAGCCAUUGUGUGAUCUCCUUGCUUGCCCUGAUAACAAGAUUAUCCAAGUCGCCCUUGACGGUCUUGAGAACAUUCUGAAGGUUGGUGAGAUGGACAAGGAUGCCGCUGGAGAGGGACAAGAGAGCAUCAACAGAUAUGCCUUGUUCAUUGAGGAAUGUCACGGCAUGGAGAAAAUCCAUGACUGCCAGACCAAUGCCAAUGAAGAAAUCUACAUGAAGGCAUACAACAUGAUUGAGAAGUACUUCUCCGACGAAGACGACGCGGGUGAUGAGAUCGCACCACAAGUAGAGAGCGGACAAGGUACCUUUGGUUUCGGCGCCAAUGGCCCACAAGGUGGCGCAGGAUUCAACUUCGCCAGUGCCAACGGCGAUUCGAUGGAUAUGUAA